AUGGUACUGGUGGAGUCUACAGGGGAGCGCAAUGCCCUGGCCUUGCUCCAGGAUGACGAGAGUGGCUGCGGCGCGCCGGCCGGCAACUCAUCUCCCACGUCUCUUCAGUCUCGCUUCCAACGUGAAGCGACCCCGCAGGCACCGAUGGGCACGGCGGGCAAGGCCGGCCGCCGCCCAGCCCGCGGGCGCCACGUUCCAGCGAACCGCCGAGCCUCCGCUCCCGCAGCCGCGCACACGGAGCGUGCAGGACGUGCUGGGCGCUGCGGCGGCCCCGCGCGCAGGCCACACACCGCGGCACGCUGCGCGGUGCACCGUUCGCCAGCAACGCGUCACCCGGACCCCAGCGCUAGGGGCCGGAACCCGAAGCCGCGCGGCUCGCGUUUCCGGGGGCGGCGACUUCCCGGAGCGACCGGCGCGUCGUCCCACGUGACGUGCGAGCGCGGGCGGGGCGGGGCGGGGCGGCAGCGCGCCUGCGCGGCCCGCGCCGGGAGUUUGCGGCUGGGCUGCGGGCGGGAGCUGAGGGCUGUAAACUCACGGUGCCUGCCAGGCCCUCAGCCCGCGCCGCGCUGUCCUCUUUUGGGCGAGCGGCCGCCCUGCUUCUGUCGCUGCCCGUCUGGCUGCAGAGCCUCCUGGGGAGGGGGGCGUGAGAAGCUGUUUCCUGUCAGCCUCCGCGGGCGGCACAGGAGGACGGUCAGGGCAUUGGGAACAGAGGCCCGGACCCGGGCCUAG